AUGUUCGACGGGUCGGUUGUAUUCUUCAUCGAUGUUGUCGAUAGCGGAAUCUUCCCAUCAAUUCCCAAGGGAGGCGAAGCGGUCCAGUUGAUGGAGGCCCUGGGGCCUCGUUUCCGAAACUUCGUAGCUCUCUCUCUACCCACUGAGAAGCAGAAUCUAGCGUGGAGGACGCGAUGGUCCGAUCCCUACUUAACCUCGGAACAACAGCGACGUCAGUCAGGCAAGAAGAUGAUAUAG